AUGUCUGUGUUUCUUGAAAUCUUGAGGUGUAUUCUUUGUUGUGUUGAGGAUCGUGGAGAUGAAUAUGAAUAUGAAACAUUAUAUGGAAAUAAUUCAGGUGAAACAAUUACUCCUAAUAUAUAUAGGGUAGGAUUCGGUUCAAGGUCAAGUAAUCCGACAAACUUUGAACCAACAUAUGUUGAGACAGUAAAAAGAAUUGAUGAUGUGCAUAGUGCUUCAAGUAUUUAUGCAAAAUAUGAACCUAUAUCUUCAUAUAGUCCACACACAUCUUCCUCUAUGCUACAACAACCUUCAUCUACUAAACUCACAUAUUCUUCAAGUCCAACUCUGUCGAGAUCUGAACCGCCAAAAUCUUCUUCUAACCAAAAUCAAUCACUAACAUCACACUUAUCUUCUUCUAAAACAUUAUCUUUUGCACCAUCAACUUCAUCAAAACCUUGCACUAAAGAAGCUAAAGUAUCACCAUCUUCUAAACCUAUUCCUAAAGCAUCACUAUCUUCCUCGGAGUCUUCUCCAUCAUCCUUUAAGCACCCACCAUCUUUUAAACUAACUUUGACUCCGGCUUUCUCAAAUGUGACCAAUCAACAGACAAAAGCCGCCAACAAACAGGUUGAAAAGAAUACAUCACCUAUCCUAAAAUUUCAAACAUCACACUCUGAGCCAUCUCCACUUCAACUCUGGCUGGCUCCAACUUCCCCAAAUGGCACAAAUGAGCAUUCAAAAGCAAACUACAUAUGGGUUCAAAAGGAUGCAUUACCUAUUUAUGCGAUUCCUAAGGAUAUACAAGACUUGAUCAAGAAAGACAAAGUACCUGGAGUUUUGAAAAGGCCAUUGUGUGUCUCAACAUACAAGGACUAUUUUGCUGCUCUUCUAUAUGCAGAGGACUUUUAUAUUGAGCAAUGGAGUAAGUUCAAAUUGUUGGGCAUCACUUUAAAGUUGCAAGAAGCUACAAUUAAAUGGUCAUACUUCACAGACAGUGAUGAUAAGGAUGAUAGAAUAUUUGUGGAAUUUAAGAUUGAUGCGGCACGUGAGAAACGGCCAUUUCUUUUAUCAAGGGACUUUGUCUUUGCAAAACCUUCAGGAAGUAAUAUUGAGCCAUUUCAGGGUAUAAUCUAUCGAGUGGUGAAAAGCACUACUGUAUUAGUUGAAUUUGGUAAAGGUUUUCAUUCUCAACAUUAUUCGUCUCGCAAAUAUGAUGUUAGCUUCUCAUUUAACAGAGUUUGUUUAAAAAGGGGACAUCAAGCAAUUGAAGCUGCUUCGCAUCCUACAUUUGAAAGUUUCACUUUCCCUAGUUUUCGCUCCAGAAGGCUCAUUUCUGCCUCAUCUCCUUCCUAUUUUAAUUAUAAACUUGAUACAGAUCAAAUGUCAGCAGUUCAACAGAUCAUAAAAUUCCAUGGUUCGCCACCUUAUCUUAUUGAAGGUCCACUUUGUGUAACUAAAGAAAAACGGAAUGAGCCUAAAGCAUUAUCAAGAACCGGAUUGGUUAUCCAAGAAGCAAUGCUUCAAAUUUAUAAAAAGUCUCGAGAUCAUCGGAUUCUUGUAUGUGCACCUAUCAACAGCACAUGUGAUUUGCUAACAAGAAGCUUGAAGAAGUACAUUCCUGAAUCGGAUAUAUUUCGAGGAAAUGCUGCUUUUCGGGAGAUAGAUGGCGUACCUCUUGACAUUCUCCCUUCAUGUGUUUUAAAAGGUGAAUGCUUUGCUUGUCCUCCACUUCAAGAACUCCAAAAAUUCAGAGUAAUAGUGUCUACUUAUGUAAGUAGCUUUCGGCUGCACAAUAAAGGCAUCAUGGCUGGUCAUUUUAGUCACAUUUUUGUGGUGGAUGCCUCAUCAGCUACUGAGCCGGAAGCAAUGAUUGCUUUAGCUAAUUUUGCUACUGAUGACACUACUGUAAUAGUCACUGGUGCACAAGGAAACCGUUCCGGUUGGGUACGUUCUGAUAUUGCUAGGGAGAAUGGACUGAGGGAAUCAUACUUUGAAAGACUUCAUGAAAAAAUUGCAAGCAAUAGUGUUAAUAAAUCGUUGUUCCUUGCACAGAUUGACAAUCCGAAAUCAAAUUGCAAAUCGGAUAAUGAUGCCUACAGCUUAGUUUCAUACUCCAUUCUGUAAGUUACUCUUUCCAUAAAUGGAACUUUAUCACUACUGUAAUUUUGUGCUUUUUGAAUUUUCCUGCUUUUGUCUAUGUACAUAUGUGAUUGAAGUUUAUGAGUCUACAGUCAGAUGAUUUUCAAUGCCGGGUUAGACUAAAUCUCUCAAGAGAGGCCUUCUAAGGGUAAAGUGCUUUCAAUAAAUAUUUAUUUCAUUCAA